GAUUUUCGAGAUUCGUUGACUCACAGACCAGAGAACACAGGCUAUGUCAGAGACCGCCGUGUCAAUUGAUUCGGACCGAUCUAAGUCGGAGGAUGAAGACGAAGAAGAGUAUUCGUCGCCGGUGCAAUCAUUUCCGGGGCCACCACCGUCGGCGAAUUUCGAAAAAGAUCGACACUUGAUGUAUUUGGAGAUGAUGUACGAGUUGCUUCCGUACCAUUACCAAUCUCAGGAGAUCAAUCGUCUCACUCUUGCUCACUUCAUAAUCUCGGGUCUUCACUUUCUCGGCGCAAUAGAUCGUGUUGACAAAGAUGUUGUUGCGAAGUGGGUUUUGUCCUUCCAGGCCCUUCCUAGUAACAGAGUUUCACUGAAAGAUGGAGAAUUCUAUGGUUUCUUUGGUUCAAGGAGUUCUCAGUUCCCCAUUGAUGAGAAUGGGGAUUUAAUUCACAACGGUAGUCAUUUGGCAAGCACUUACUGUGCCUUGGCCAUUCUGAAGGUUAUUGGACAUGAUCUCUCGAUCAUUGACUCGGAAUCGUUACUGUUGUCCAUGAAAAACCUCCAACAGGUUGAUGGAAGCUUCAUGCCUAUCCAUAUUGGAGGUGAAACGGAUCUUCGAUUUGUAUAUUGUGCAGCUGCAAUCUGUUACAUGCUGGAUAAUUGGAGUGGAAUGGACAAGGAGAGCGCUAAGAACUACAUAUUAAACUGUCAGUCAUAUGAUGGUGGCUUUGGGUUGAUCCCUGGUUCUGAGUCUCAUGGUGGUGCCACUUACUGUGCUAUUGCAUCCCUUCGGUUGAUGGGAUACAUUGGAGUUGAUCUGCUGUCAAAUGAUUCAUCCAGAUCAAUAAUAGACCCUUCAUUACUUCUCAACUGGUGCCUACAGAGACAAGCCAAUGAUGGUGGGUUUCAAGGUAGGACUAACAAGCCAAGUGACACAUGCUAUGCAUUUUGGAUUGGAGCUGUCCUUAAACUCAUAGGAGGCGAUGCAUUGAUUGACAAAAUUGCUCUGCGCAAAUUUUUACUGAGUUGUCAGUCCAAGUAUGGUGGAUUCAGUAAAUUCCCCGGACAAUUACCGGAUCUGUAUCAUUCGUACUACGGUUACACGGCUUUCAGCCUCUUGGAAGAACCGAGCUUGAGUCCUCUAUGUCCUGAGCUAGGGCUACCUCUUCUUGCAGCCUCGGGGAUUUGAUUUUUUGAUUGCCUCAAAGUCACACGUUCUUCUAUCACCACACUGUAACAUUUAUUUCAAGUUUUCAACAUUGCGUAAGGCUCACUCUGUUUCAGCAGUUAGCUGGAAUAUUCAAUUA